AAAAGUCUCUGGGCUACUUUCCGUCUCCAUCAAUUUUCGAUCUAUCUCAAGGUGUCCAUUGUUAAGGUUUCUCUAUUGGCGAAGAAGAUAGUUUCUGCUUCAAUGACGACGAAUGUGGAUUACCGGAGAAAGUUACUAGCACUUAAGGAACUGGAAGCUAAAGUAAAGCAAGCACGAGACGAAUUGCGGUCCAGAAAGAAGGAAUAUGAGAAAACCGAAGAUGAUUUGAAGUCCUUCCAAAGUUCAGGACAGAUUGUAGGCGAAGUUCUGUCGCAGCUCGAUGAUGGACGGGUGUUAGUGAAGGCAAGUAGUGGCCCUCGGUAUGUGGUAGGCUGUCGCAGUAAAAUCCCCAGAGAAAAACUUACAUCGGGCACUCGCGUAGUUUUGGAUAUCACUACUUUGACCAUCAUGAGGCCUCUUCCAAGAGAAGUUGAUCCAGUUGUGUAUAAUAUGCUUCAAGAAGAUCCAGGUAAUGUUAGCUACUCUGCUGUGGGAGGUCUAUCCGAUCAGAUACGAGAUCUUAGGGAAUCUAUAGAACUGCCUUUGAUGAAUCCUGAGCUCUUCCUUAGAGUGGGGAUCAAACCUCCCAAGGGUGUUCUUCUCUACGGACCUCCGGGAACAGGAAAGACAUUACUGGCUAGAGCAAUUGCCAGCAAUAUAGAUGCUAAUUUUUUGAAGGUUGUAUCAAGCACAAUUGUUGAUAAAUACAUUGGCGAGAGUGCGAGAAUGAUAAGGGAAAUGUUUAAUUACGCUCGUGAUCACCAGCCGUGUAUCAUUUUUAUGGACGAGAUCGAUGCUAUUGGUGGAGCGCGUUUGAGUGAGGGGACCAGUUCAGACAGAGAAGUGCAGAGAACACUCAUGGAGUUGCUUAACCAGUUAGACGGAUUUGAUCAGCUUGGCAAGGUUAAAAUCAUAAUGGCAACCAAUAGACCUGAUACUUUAGAUUCUGCACUCCUGCGCCCUGGGCGUCUAGACCGAAAGAUAGAGAUUCCAUUGCCUAAUGAACAGUCGAGAAUGGAAAUUCUUAAAAUCCAUGCUGCUGGGAUAGCCAAGCAUGGGGAAAUUGAUUAUGAGGCAAUUGUCAGGCUUGCUGAGGGCUUUAAUGGGGCUGAUCUACGGAACAUAUGUACUGAAGCUGGAAUGUUUGCCAUACGUGCUGAACGGGAUUAUGUUGUUCAAGAAGAUUUCAUGAAGGCUGUCAGAAAAUUAAACGAUGCCAAGAAGCUCGAGUCCAGGGCUCACUACAAUUUUGGGAAAGAAAACUGAUGCCGUUCAAUGACGGUCACAUAUAUACUAAAGUAAUUUUCCGAUCGGUAGUGGAGGAGGCACACAAUGCAGUCUACUAAUCUGAGGUUGAUUCGAUAUGCUAUAUGAAUAUGAUUGUAACAGUAACUUUUGUUGCUGAAAUAUUAUUGUAAUGAGUGUUGUUGGUUGGAAAUUUUCGCAACCUUUUCAUAUUCAGGCAUUGGCCGGGCAUACUCCCAAGUAAAUA